UUUCCACGACUAGCAACACUCACUGUGGUGACGUUUUCCAGGACCGUGCCGUGUAAAGAUCUCAGAAAAAUCGACAGAAGAAGGAAAAACAAUACUUUUCUACAAAUAUUUUGUGUGUUGAACGUAAAGAUUGAUUAUGUGGACUGUAAUAACGCGUGUCUUUGCAAUUUAAUUAGUUUUUUGAUGUGUUAGUAAAGGAAUAACAUCUCAUCAUGAUCACGACAGCUUCGUUAUUCGUUUGCGCAUUAUCGCUUUUGACAUGUGUAAAAGCGUUCUAUUUACCCGGCUUAGCCCCGGUAAAUUACUGCAGUAAAACCGGCGAGGAUAACGCAAACACUUGCAAAAAUGAAAUCCCAUUGUAUGUGAACAGAUUAAACACAGAAGAGUCAGUGAUACCAUUUGAAUAUCACCACUUUGAUUUCUGCACAACAGAUGAAACUCAAUCGCCAGUCGAGAAUCUUGGUCAAGUUGUGUUCGGGGAGCGAAUUAGGCCUAGUCCAUACAAGCUGAACUUUAUGGAGAAUGUGGAUUGUGCAGCUGUGUGUACAAAGACUUACAAGGGCUCAAACCCUGAGUCUUUGAAGAAGUUGAACUUGUUGAAGAUGGGAAUGGCGCUGUAUUAUCAGCAUCACUGGAUACUGGACAAUAUGCCGGUGACCUGGUGCUACUUGGUGGACAAGGAGAAGACUUAUUGCAGUACUGGAUUCCCUAUGGGCUGCCAAGUCAGGAGGGAUUUGGACACAUGUACACCGAUCGUAGCCACUAAUCAGGCCCCGGUCGGCGCAUACUUCCUGUUCAACCACGUGGACAUCGAGAUAACGUACCACAGCGGCGCCGAGGAGGAGUGGGGCGUCGGCUUCGGCGAGAAUGGCGGCAGGAUUAUCUCGGCUAAGAUCAAACCAGCCAGCAUCCGGCACACGAAUACUGAAAAGCUAGACUGCAGUGCUCGAACUCCCCUCGAAAUACCCAACAUGCUCACCGGAGACGAGACCUUCUCCAUCACCUAUUCCUACCAUGUCACCUUUCACCGGAACAACACCAUCAAAUGGUCAUCCCGAUGGGACUACAUCCUUGAAUCGAUGCCGCAUACGAAUAUUCAGUGGUUCUCCAUUUUGAACUCACUGGUUAUAGUCCUGUUCCUUAGUGGAAUGGUUGCUAUGAUUUUGUUGAGGACUCUUCAUAAGGAUAUUGCGAGAUAUAAUCAGAUGGAGUGUGGAGAAGAUGCUCAGGAAGAGUUUGGUUGGAAACUGGUGCAUGGAGAUGUUUUCCGGCCGCCGCGGCGGGGAAUGCUGCUGGCUGUCUUCCUGGGAUCCGGGGCACAGGUGUUCGGUAUGACCCUGGUGACCCUCGCGUUCGCGUGCCUCGGUUUCUUGUCACCCGCCAACCGCGGUGCCCUGAUGACGUGCGCGCUGGUUGCCUGGGUGCUGCUCGGAGCGGCCGCUGGUUAUGUCAGCGCGCGUAUCUACAAGAGCUUCGGCGGACGCAGGUGGAAGAGCAACAUACUGCUCACUUCGAUGGUGUGCCCUGGCGUGGUGUUCUCCCUGUUCUUCAUAAUGAACCUGGUUCUCUGGGGCAAGGGCUCAUCGGCUGCGAUUCCAUUCUCGACCCUAUUGGCGCUGCUGGCUCUGUGGUUCGGCGUCUCCGUGCCGCUAACAUUCAUCGGCGCUUACUUCGGCUUUAGGAAGAGGAUUCUGGACCACCCCGUGCGAACGAAUCAGAUCCCCCGACAGAUCCCUGAGCAGUCCCUGUACACGCAAGCAGUGCCCGGUGUCGUCAUGGGUGGAGUGUUACCGUUUGGAUGCAUCUUCAUACAGCUGUUCUUCAUUCUCAAUUCGCUGUGGUCCAGCCAGAUGUACUACAUGUUCGGGUUCCUGUUCCUCGUGUUCGUGAUCCUGGUGAUCACGUGCUCGGAGACCACCAUCCUGCUGUGCUACUUCCACCUGUGCGCGGAGGACUACCACUGGUGGUGGCGCGCCUUCUUAUCCUCCGGCUCAACCGCUGGUUAUCUCUUCGUCUACUGCUGUCAUUACUUCGUCACCAAAUUGAACAUAGAAGACGCCGCCUCGACUUUCCUGUACUUCGGUUACACGCUGAUCAUGGUAUUCCUAUUUUUCCUUUUAACGGGCACUAUAGGAUUCAUGGCUUGCUUCUGGUUCGUGAGGAAGAUUUACAGUGUAGUUAAGGUAGAUUAGAUGGACUAAGUAUGCUCCGUGUCUCAGAUGUUUGGGAUGUGUAAGGAUUUUAAUACAUCAGUGUAUAGUUGGAGUUACAGAUGUGCUAGUUGCGAAGUUUCAUGUUGGAAAAGUGCUCGGAAAAAUUAGGAAAUUAAGUAAACUUUUAUCAUGGAAACGAAAAGUUUCGAUCCCCAUACUAAAAUAUGAGAAGUUUCCGAUAUUUUUCAAUUUUGGAUACUCCGACGGCACAUCAGUAGUUGGAUUUAUGUAUGUUUAACCAAAAGAUGAUAAGCACUAAAUAAUAAACAUAAAAUUUCAACUUCAUCAAGGUUGAAAGUAUGCUGAACCUUUUUUUGGCCUGUAAGUCGGCGUCGAAGAUAUGUUAACCGAACUAUAUUUCAAAAUAUUUAGAUAACGGUUUCACUCACUUGUAUUUUUAGUCGCUUUUGGCGACAUGUUUCGGAUUCUUACACUUGUGCCUGAGGAAGGAUUCCCAAAGAAUCCGAAACAUGUCGCCAAAAGCGACUAAAAAUACAAGUGAGUGAAACCGUUCUCAUUUAAAUAUUUUGAUAUGUUAACCUUUUAAAUCGUACAUAUUUAGUUGUGAUGAAGUGAAAAAUGUAUACAUAUCUUUGACGUCAACACUACUGAGGGCGUUUUUACUGCAGAUAUCCGAUAGGGGAGAGUACAGAUAAUAAACGAAUGUAAUCAGUCAAAAGGAAUAUGCAAAGUAUUGCAUGAACUUAAAGCGUCCUUAUGAUAAAGUACAUUUGCUGUUGGAUCUCAAAUGUACAUUCGAUUUGCUGAUUUGACACAUUAUUAAUGUUUUUUUCAAACCAUUUCUUGCAAUACUUUAUAACGGUUUUUUGUUGCACAAAAGUGAAUGAUGUAAACGAAAUUAGGGAUUAAAAUUAUGAAAAAGUUGAUGUGCGCAAUAAGUAAUUGUUAAUUGAGAUUUUGUAGGAUGAUACAGAUUUCAUAUUCAGUUAAAUUCCAAUACAGCUGGCUGCCUAACCGCAAUCUUACCUUGUCAAAGUAACAUGGUCAACUAAAGUAGUUAUAUUAUGUUAGAAAGUAUGACCUUUUCGACGCCGUGUCAAACAAAAGCAGUCAUCCAGACGCCACGUCACCGAAGUGUCAAAACUGAAAUUAAACUUUAUGCAUAUGCGUGUAGGUCUAUGUUGCUCUGUUGUCUAUCACCGAUUAAUCGGUCUUUGGCGUUGAACCUACGGUGAGUAUAUAUCGUACAUUGGCGUCCAAAAGGUUAAUUCUUUCCUGGUCGUACUGCAAAAUGUCAAAAACGACACAUUAUGUUGAAGUCUCUUCAAAAUAUUGUUCGUACAUUAGAGUAGGUAUAAGUACUUGUGAUACCAGUUAUCCGUACCUAUAACGAUUUAGACUGCUUGACUUACAUUUAUAAAUAUAUAAGUCUUAUUUGUCGUCCGGUACGUGAUUAUUUAAAAUUUCGAGGCCUGUUUUUAGGGUUCCGUACCCAAAGGGUAAAAACGGGACCCUAUUACUAAGACUCCGCUGUCCGUCUGCCUGUCUGUCACCAAGCUGUAUCUCAUGAACCGUGAUAGCUAGACAAUUGAAAUUUUCACAGAUGAUGUAUUUCUGUUGCCGCUUUAACAACAAAUACUAAAAAGUACGGAACCCUCGGUGCGCGAUAUCCGACUCGAACUUGGCCGGUUUUUUUAUUUAGUGUAUUCUAUCAGAAUAAAACAAAAAAAAAUAUUGCCCUCUUACUAUGGCGUUAUUCAUAAACUCGUUACUGGCCUGAAUUAGCUAUGAAUCGUUUGUCUUUAACUGCCAUUUUGACCUAUGUAUUUGUAAGAAAGGGAUAAAAUAAAACGUAAUUUAACUUAAUCAGGCCCGUAAGGUUUUAUGAAUAAGCGGGUAUCUCACUAAUUACACUAAGUCUUCUUAUAAUAUGUUUUGAGUCCAGAUACGUCAAUCUGGAUAUGAAUAAUUGGGGAACACCUCCAUAAGCGUCAAUUUUUAACAGAAGGUUGUAUUGCCAAAUUAUUUCAUUGCAUAAUACUAACCUAGCCGGACUUUUAACCAUUUGACCGCCAAAGACGUCAACUAAAGCGCGGAAUGCUCGAAACCUCAAAUCAUGCUGAUUUGACAGCUUUCUUAUUUCCUUGUAGUCUUUUACAUUAAAACAAAGUUCGUGGUCUACUACUUCUGCACUGUUGUAAAAUACUCUACCAGACCUUUUGGAUGUACAUAUAGAGUCAAACCAAGAAAAGUCUGCAGAUAUUUUAACCGCACUCGCAGUGCAGCUGUUAUUUUAACCUUUUCGACGCCGUGUCAAACACAAAAACUGUCAUCGGACGCCACGUCACCGAAGUGUCAAAACUGAAAUUGAACUUUAUGCACAUGCACGUAGGUCUAUCUUGCUCUGUGGUCUUUGACCGAUUAAUCCGUCUUUGGCGUUGGACCUGCCGUGCCGAUAUAUCCGUCAUUGGCGUCCAAAAGGUUAAACGUCAAACUUGCAUGAAAUUAUGACGUAUAAAUAACACUGGCACUGCGUGUGCUGUCAAAAUCUGCAGACUUUUCUUGGUCUAAUUCUUUUUUGAUUUUGUAUAAACUUAAGAAUUGUGUACUUUAAUUUGUUUGCAAUCAAUGUCACAUUACCCUUAUGUAUAUGCAUAUUUGUUGUAUUAGCACAGCCAAGUCACACUGAAUUUUUAUAUUCCUUGUAGCACUACUGGUUGUACCAGUUACUUGAGCAGGAAACUUACCAUUUCUUCCGUGGAGCAAAAUUUCUAAUAACACUACACACUUGCUUUUUAACUUAAGAAAGCGGAGUUGAGAAGAACGAAACGUGCCACAGUCAAUGCACGUAUAUUUUUUCGACAAUAUUUUAAGAUCCUGCUCAUGCAUGAUUGUAGCUUAUCUUAAGAUUUUAUUUAUUGGUUUUCAGUUGCAUUGUGUUCGCGUAAUUUGACUGUAAAAAGGCAAAGGAUGGAUAGAUAGAAAUAAAUAUAACGAAUAAGUACUUAUAGCAUAUCUAAAAUUAUUACAGAAAAUUCUGCAAAAAGAAAUUAGAUGCGUAGUCUGUCACUUGAGAAAAAAAUGGUUGAGAAGUGCUUGUUCUAUGUAGUUGUGUGAAAAAAAAUACAUACAAUUUACAUAUACACAUACCCUUUACCUCCACAUAAACCAGAUUUCUUGAAAUUUUGAGCUAUACUAUUUUAGAAAUCAAAUUUGAAUAAAGUUUAAGAUAUAAUUUAGUGACCUUUAUUUUAUUUAUGUCGCGUUAUCAUCGGUGUGUUUACAAAUAUUGUCAAUAAAUGUAAUUAAUCAA